UAAUAAUAAUAAUAAUAAUAAUUUUUACAUUACUAUUUCUUCCCACUGAAUAAAGUCUUAAAAAUUUUAAUUGCCAACCGAUCCCUUCUGACAGCACCUGUGCUUCUCCGUUUGGUGAAACGGAGAAGUGAGCUUGUAAAAUACAGGCCAGUCGCCCUCCCUCCGUCUGCGCAUGUUAAUACCAUGCGCCACCCACCCGCACCCAUAUCAGCAUGAGCGAGCGCAGGAAAUUCAGACCCUCCUCCCUCACCUCCACCUCUUCUCCUCCUUCCCCUUCGUCUUCUCCCAAAAUGCCCCGCAAGUCCCUCCUGAAGCCCACCCUUGCCACUGUCUUCCUCCUCCUCGCCUUCUACGCCUUCUUCAACACCUUCUUCUCUUCCCUCGGCGGUCCUCUCGAUUCUCCCACCUCCCGCUCCGCCCUUUCCCACCAAAAUCCCCUCCCUUUUCCUGGAAAUUUUGAACCCGUUAAUGUCUACAUGUACGAUCUUCCCAGAAAGUUUACCUAUGGGGUUAUAGAGAAUUAUAUGACUGCGCGCGGCGGCGGGAUGAAGGCCCCCAAGAUUCACGAUGCUGACUUGAAGUAUCCCGGGAACCAGCACUCCGCCGAGUGGUGGCUGUUCUCGGAUUUGACCCGGGCGAGCCGCCCCGAUUCGUCCCCCGUCGUCAGGAUCUUCGACCCGGACGAGGCGGAUUUAUUCUUCGUGCCGUUCUUCUCGUCCCUGAGUUUGGUGGUGAAUCCGAUUCGGCCGUCUGCGGCGGUUGCGGGGGGACCCGUGUAUAGCGACGAGGAGAUGCAGGAGGGUUUGAUUGAAUGGUUGGAGGAGCAGCCGUAUUGGAGGAGGAACAGUGGGUGGGAUCAUGUUUUUAUAUGUCAGGACCCGAAUGCUUUGUAUAGGGUCAUCGAUAGGGUGAAGAACGGUGUACUGCUCGUUUCGGAUUUUGGGAGGUUGAGGAGUGAUCAAGCGUCGUUGGUGAAGGAUGUAAUUUUGCCGUACUCGCAUAGAAUUAAUACAUUUAAUGGCGAGAUUGGAGUAGAAGGACGGAAGUCAUUGCUUUUCUUUAUGGGCAAUCGAUAUCGCAAGGAGGGAGGCAAAAUUCGUGACUUGCUUUUUCAAGCACUUGAAAAUGAACAUGAUGUUAUCAUAAAACAUGGAGCACAAUCUAGAGAGAGUCGGCGUGUGGCUACGCAAGGGAUGCAUUCAUCAAAGUUUUGUUUACAUCCUGCUGGUGAUACUCCGUCAGCGUGCCGACUCUUUGAUGCUAUAGUUAGCUUGUGUGUUCCAGUGAUAGUCAGUGAUCGUAUUGAGUUGCCUUUUGAAGAUGUGAUAGAUUAUAGAAAAAUUGCAAUAUUUGUAGAUUCAACAUCUGCCGUAAAACGAGGGUUUUUAACAAGAAUGCUAAGACAAGUCAGCACAAAGAGGAUCCUUGAAUUCCAGCAGGAGCUGAAAGUGGUGAGGCAUUACUUUGAAUACGAAGAUCCAAAUGGAACAGUGAAUGAAAUCUGGCGCCAAGUCUCAAUGAAGCUCCCUCUUAUUAAACUGAUGAUUAACCGUGACAAACGACUUGUGAGGAGGGAUUUGAUCGAACCGGACUGCUCUUGUUUGUGUUCAAACCAGACUCGGGUCAUUAGCACCUUGUAAUGCUGGAUUCUCAAAUAUUAGCGUCUGCAUGAACUUUCAGGCAUCUGUCUUAGAACAUUGGCAGCGGAAAGGGUAUUUCCUGGAACUGAGAAAGAGCAAAGGUUGAAGUGCAUUCAUCAACCAUUUCUUAUGAAGCUGAUAGUGCCACGAGUUCAAUUGAUUGUUGCUCUUGACAUUCACCUUCACUGGGGCAAUUUCGUGUGGCAUGAGGUUUGCCUGCAUAUAGUUGUGGAUACUAGCCCACACCAUAUGCCCCUUUCACUGUGGUAUGAGUGGCGAAAUCAACAGCGGGAAACAUAAUUAUUUGUAAUUGUAAUUGAUUUGUACAUGAUAGAGAAUAAAAUAUCAACGUCCUUUUUCAUUCAAA